AUGGCCCCUCAGGAUAAGGCCGCUGCUGGUCCAGCUGGAGCCAAUGGAGCCGUCAAGAAAAAGCGCGUCGUCACCACUGCUGCAGACAGAGAAAGGCUCAAGCUCAGGAGCGAAGACAUCAAAUGGAAUGCAGCAAAAACUCCCGAAGCAAAAGCCUGGAUCAAUUCGACCAGACUGUUGAAGGAGUUUCUCGGGAAUGGGGAAGACGUUCUAGCUCUCAAAGUCGCUCCGGGUACGAGACGUGACAUGUGGGCCAAGGCCGAUGCCAUGGGUCUGCAUGUCGAAAUGUUCGAUACACAAGCACGCAAGGAUGGACCAACUGAGAGCUGGAUUGUUCUUGGUCGAGUAGCCUCGAGGAUGGCGGUUGCUGGCAAAGUUCGAGACAUUCAGCGUCAGAACAAGAGACAGCUUCAAGAAGCCGAAGAGGAGGCCGAGAACGAUGGCGAGGCAGAUGCUGGAGCUGACGAGCCUAAGAAUCCGGCUGACUUGAUUGAUCCCUCUCUUCGCGAACAAAGAGCCCCCGUGGCUCAGAUGAUGCUGCCUGGUGCUCAGCAAGACGUUCGCCAGCAAUUGCCUGCUAUUGAUUACACUUCGAAGAAAACCAGCAACAACAGCACCAAGGCUGCUCAGACAAAUCUACCAAAUGCGGACAUCGAGGCUGCAAAACAACUUAGUGUUCUCAGAAGCCAAGAUGUACCAGCAAGACCAGUCUUCCGAAAGGACCCUAGGGAACAAGAGACAACUCCCAAGAUGUCAGGUGCUCUGCCUCAGGAGACAAGCACAGAGCAGCCUGUCACCGAAGAAACCACCAAAGAAACUACCGAGGAUGAUCGUAUCGCCAGUUGGGUCUCACAACAAGCCCAAUCAGCCCAAACAGAAAAAGACAUUGUCGACCCGACCGGAAUCUGGAAGAUCUCCUGCGCAGCCAUCGCCGAACAACUCGGUUCCUCAUCUCCCGAUUUGACCCUCACAAUCCACCUCGAACCAACUCGACCCCAAAGCGAUAACGACACCGACGACGAGUCUCCCGCAACCAUCACCGACGACAACCUCCCCGACUCUGCCGAACUCACCGAAGCCCAAAAAGCACGUCUGGGAACCUACCAGCUGUGGGCUACUUUCAACAUGGGUCUCUAUCAAGGCAUUAUCCGUUUUAUGUCUCCUACAACUGUUAGAGCUAAUCCUACUCCGCGCACUUCCUUUGAUCUCUUGCCUACCCAACUUCCUUCUGCUGAAAACCGCACUUUCCAAUACAAGUGGCGAGGCCGUGAGACCUCGGACUCAGAGAUCUCAGUCGAGGCUGAAAAUGCCACUCAAUUCAUCAGAUUCGAGGAAGACGGCGUCAAGUUGACUGGCGUGUUCGAGUGUGAGUACUUGGGCGAGACUGGCUUCGAAGGACAAAAGAUUGGCGAGGGAGAAGCUACCAAAGGACACUUGGGUAAAGCAUGGAGUCAAGUUAGUCCUCAGGCUCAUGAGUUAGAAGCUCAGCAGAAGGCGUGA